AUGGAGAACGAUGAGGGAACAAGUAAUCUAAGAGGCAAUCCCAAAGGGAACGAGAUGGAAAGGGAAUGUUUGUACGAUCGAGACAUACAAGACUCGGGAGGGCGCCGGGGUGUGUGGCAGAAAUCUCAAAGAAUCCGUGGAUACAGAGGAGGGACGAGCUCUGGGAGUCACUUGUGCAGGAGUGGGGGAAAGCGGAGUGAUAGAAGCGGGUGCGAGCGAGGGAGUUUUCCGAUGAAAGGGAAGGCUGUGACAGGAGGACGAUAUGAACUCAGGAUGAGCGAAGACAUAGGAGUCCAAGGGCCAACCGGAGAGGGUGGACAACAGGGAGAGAGAUGCCAGGAGGAGGUUUAUGUGGAUGCAAAGGAACGGGACAGUAGCAACAGGAGGUGUUCUGUGAGGCCUGCAAACGAGGUGUUUGGUCGAGAGAUGUGCCGCCUACACUCUUCGCCGUUAGAGGAUGGGAAAGACAGGAUUGAAAAGAUAGAAAGUAUGCUGCGCAAUGACCUAGCGGAUGGCAUUGUUGUUGAUGUUCCUGGGCCUGAAAUAGUGCCAGUUCUGCACUUUUUUGAGCGAUGUGCCGAAGUCAAGGUGUUUAGAAUGAGCGGCUUCAAAGGCUCUACAUCUCCCGAGGUAGUUCCGGAGGCUUCUGAUGCCAAGAGGAUGGAAAGGCCUUUUAGUGUAGAGACGAAUCUGAGUGGAGAGUUUGCGGAAAAAGCAGAGGAGAAGAAGAGUGACGGGAAAAAGAAAAACAAAAGAGGCGUGAAGAGAAAUGGAGAGAAGGGAACUGGUAGUGGAGGGAGAAUAUACGGCAAAGACUCGGAGACCGACUGUGGCAGAGAUGUGAUGCCUGAGAUCCUAGAGGACUGUAGAUACAGACACUUCCUGAAGAGGGUCUUUCCAUCAAUGGAGAGAGACGAUGAGCGAGUUCUGAAGUACAUUGUCGACCAAAGACUCAUGCUCGAGCACAGGGCAAGGCGCAACAGGGCAGAAAUUCCUGAGCUUGGCAGCAUGCCUGCUCAAGCACCUAUGGCGAUCAUUUCCUCGAUCCCGAAGAUCUCUGGAGCCGGGCUUUCUGAGGAGGAAGACAGAAUUGCCUCUGACCUUAUCCUAAAGUACAGGAACAACUUCAAGAAGAUCAAGGAGCUUGCUCCACAGCUGGAUAUCAAGAAAUGCAUCCUGAAGUACUAUCUGAUGAAGGACAAGACGUAUGGAUAUAUAAAGCACAAAUCUGGAAGGAUUUCCGACUCUGAGGUUAAGCUUGUAGUUGAGAGCCAGUGGUCUGAGUAUGAAAUGAAUGUGUUUGCUCAGCACUUCAGGAUGUUCGGAAGAUCAUGGGCGAAGUACCAGUCGCUGAUAAACAAGUCUGAGAAAGAUCUGAAGAUGUUCUUCAGGUACUACACAAAGUUUGUCCUGCCUCCGGGCGGGAGCUCUACCGCGGCAUCUGCACCUGUCCGAAGGGUCUCGAUCAGCAAGGAGGACGUGCUGAGGAAAUGGACGAUAGACGAGAGGCAAGUGUUUGCCAUAUACUUUCCAUACUACAACAAGAACUGGGUGUCCAUGGCGGCAUAUUUUCCAUCGAAGACCUCGAGCGAUCUACGGCAGUACUACAAUAGAUAUUACAAGGGGCUUAGCUACAACGAGCAGAGGCUUGAGGCCAGCCUGUAUGACUUCGGUAGGCAGCUUACGACGCCUCCAGCAAGGCACAUUGGAAGCCCCAGGGAAGAGGUUGUGUUCUGUACGACGGCAGGGGUUCUGUUCAAGAAGUAG